AUGUUUGUGCGUAAAUUGCAAGUUAUAUGCAUAUUAUUGAUCCUAGUUAUACUAGUCAAAACUUCCACGGCGGGUCUCGUUACUACCAAUGAUACAAAAAAUUAUACAAGUAUUGCAAAUACAACGGCAGACCAUGCUGGCGUUUUUUAUCCCACACAUACAGUAUGGGCGAUGAUUCGUGGAUACACUGAAGCACUAAAAUACGUACGUCUUCACUGGGUUGACUAUACUGAACAGCCGAAACAGCAUGAAGGUAUCUACCCCGAUACUGAAUAUUACGUAGCGAGCUAUACCUCUCCACCUUGGGCAGUAGGAUACUUCUACGAAAUAUGGUCUCCAGAUUUUGACACGCGUUUCUGGACGGAUACGAUAUUAUGGUGGGAUGGUUGG